GUAAUGCGUAAUUGUCCUUUUCCUUUGACAGUUGGAACAUGUUGUCAUCAUGUGAUGUGUGAUGUCAUUUUCUAAUGUCAGAGUUUGUCAAUUUGUCAUUUGUUUUUUUGUGUAAAUUUUGACGUUAUUUUUAUGUGUAAUGUUUGAAGAAUACAUUCGAAUGCUUGCAAUAAAAGAUCAAAUAUCGUGCGGUGAGUAAAUAUUGAAAAAGAAAUGGAGAAAUUUGCUAUAGAUCUAGAUCAAGUUUUGAAUGAUUUUGAAUAUAAGGAGCUGACUGAUCAGUAUACCAGCAAAAACGUUCCAGAAAGUCGAGCAUCAUCUACCACAAACCAAACAGAAAAACACACUAUAAACAAUGUGUUCCACAGUUUGAAUGAAUAUUUGAAUACUAGUGUUAAAAUAACCAGACUAGAACCUAGUGACAAUAAUCUUACAAAUGAGAUUGAUUCUCAGCUCCCCUGCAGCCCCAGUUGUAGUGUUGGACCAAGAUAUUCUCAUACACAAGAGGACACAAAAUUAAUAAGUGAUGUUUCCGAUGAAGGCCAAAACUGUGAUCUAGAUAAUGAAAAUGUACAGGAUUUUUUAGUUGGAUCUGAAAAUGUAGAAAUUGAAGCUGUGGUACCCAAGACUGAGGAUGAAAUAGUUGUAAAAGAUGUUAAAUUAUGUGAUGUAGUAACAGGAUAUACUGUCCUAAAUACAGAGGAUAAACAAGUCGUUCUAAGGGAACCACAUUAUCCAAAUAACCAGAACACAAGUAAUUCUGAGAGAAAUGAGAUAUGCUAUGAAAAUGCAGAAUUAGAAAAUGAAAAUCUCAGUGCAGGAAAUCCUGAUACUGGUAUAACUAAUUUGAAACCAGAUGAACCUAAUACAAUAGAUAAUCAAACAAUUAAAGAAGAAAUAUUGGCAAAUAUUUCUCAAGAAGACCUUGAAGCUCAGAUUGCAGAAGAAAAAUCUAAAGUAAAAAGUAUAGAAGCAGAACUUAUUGCAGAGAUUGGAAAUAAAAUCCCAGGUCACACAUUGAGUCAAGUACCACAGGUCACAUCAAAAAUUGGGUUUGACACAAAUUUGGACUUGGAUGAUAAGGAGAUCAGUAAAUUGCUAGAUGAACUAGAAGAAGAUGAGGAUUUGAGUGAAUUUGGAUUGCAAAAAAACAUGGCAAUACAGGCUGAGUGUCAUAAGGAAGAUGCUAUCCAACAAAAAGUUGAACAAACCAACCCAUUUGAGGAACAAGACAGUGAAUCUAGGGAUGAAACUGUUCCUUCAGUAGAGGCAAACAUUAACUUAAGUUAUGAUGAAAAAUCAUCUAGCUUAGAACCCACAGUUGAUACUGAAGCUAAAAAUGAGGGCACACAUACCAUCAGUAAAACAGACAGAGAUACUAAUUCAGGAAAUACAGAAGUCACUAUAAAAAACACCGAAAAUGCUGAAUGUGAAAAAUCAAUAGCUUGUGGAUUCAAAGAAAAUACUACUAUUGAAGAUUCCAUUUGCACUGAAAAUUGUGGCAACAAAAUAGUUUCUGUUAGAGAAUGUGCUAUAGAUGACAGCAAAAUACCUGUCAGCCAAGAACAUAUGGAAACUACUGAAAAUGUGGAAGAAAAGGAAAGCUCCACAUCUGAUAUAGAUGCUACAAGAUCUAUUCAACAUUCAGCUGAACCAGCAAUUAAUAAUGAAGGCCUCCAUGAAAAUAGUGCUGUUAAAGAUGCUGACAGUAAUGUGGUUGGUAGUGAAAUAGUAGAUGAUGAAAGAAUUACUGCUUCAGUAGGUGAUGUCCUAAUUAAACCUAAUGAAGACUUUACUCUAGUUGCUUCAGAGGAAAUGCAGACUGUCAUCAAAAUUGAAGAUGAAGAUUCUACAAAGGAAAAACUAGAAACCAAUGAUCAUGAAAUAAGUCAGUCCAAUGACAGGAAACUUAUUAAUCAAGAAUCUAGUUCUUUAGAAAAAGAUAACUCCCAAGAUUCUUUGACGAGACCCCAGAAUCUUCCACUCAAAGACUCAGAAGAUAUAAAAAGGAACAUAGAUUUGAUUGGUGGACCUGGUUCAACUCCUUACAAUAAUGUUUAUAUUGAUAAGGAGAUUGAACAAACAAUGCAUGACAGUGAUACUGACAGUUCUACUUCAUCUUCACCUAGCUUUUCAGAUACCAAUAGUGUUUCAACAGCAUCUACAGAAGAAAUCCAAGAUGAUGAUUUGCCAAUUAAUAGAAAUCCAUUUGAAAAUCCAUCUAAACCAGACCAUAAUGAAAUAUCUGUAGGUGUGGUGGAAAGUUGUCCCACAGAAUCUGUCGAAAGAGAAAAUGUAACAAAUUCAGACAAUCCUGUCACUUCACAAUCUACAUCUUUAACAAGUGGUGAUAUUGCAUCAGGUGUAUCUUCUAGAGAAGAAGAUAAACCUAACCCAAGUGCGAUUCCAUCUGAUAAAUGUUGGCUUGGCAAGGAAGCUCCUCUUUGGGUACCAGAUUCUGAUGCAUUAGCAUGUCUCCAUUGUGACAUGAAAUUCACUGUACUAAAGAGAAGACAUCAUUGCAGGGCUUGCGGAUUGGUAUUGUGCUCUAAAUGCUGCCAUUUGAGGUUUCGAUUGGAGUACUUAGACGGCGAGGGUCGAGUGUGCAACAAGUGCCACGACAUCCUAAACAUGCGCGACCUGACCAGCGGAGGCGGCGAGGGGUCAGCAGUCGCCAUAACUCCAGGUAGUCCAGCUGGAGACUCCUCCAGCAGCGGAGGGUCCCCAGAGUCUUCAGCGGGGGACUCGCGCAGACCCAAUCCAAACAACCCUUUGGAGUACUGCUCGACAGUGUCCCCAUUACAGCAAGCUGCUGCUGGAGGCGCUGGGAGGUCAGGAGUAGCGCAGCCCCCAGCUGUGAUGGUCCCUAUUGGGGUACUCAAGAGGAAGGGCAGCAACAAAGGUAAGUCGAAUAAAAGCGUGAUGUUUUGCGACGGCAUCCGGCCUGGUAGCGACCUUACAAAUCUGGACAACGAUUUCAACUAUAACAACACCAAAACAAAGAAGUUGGAGAAAAAUUCUACGUCAGCGUGUGCCGGAAAAAUCAACAGGCAUCUUCCCAUCAUCGACUCGCAAACCAACUCGUUUAUUCCAAGCAACGAGAACAAUCUUCCACCUACUGUAACAUUUUGCAAGACAGAAAUCACUUAUACAGAGUGUUCUAAUGCUCCAGCCCUUAUAGAAACCUUGAAGAAAGAUCAAUUGACGUUUGCCAUCCACAUAAACCUGUACGUCCAUCUCAAACUAAUUAACAUGAGCUGUUGUAUCAAUAAGUGGGCAUGGUGUUUCUCAACCGAAGGCUUAAUUAACGUAGGCCAAGACGAGGUUGUCUACUUGAUCGAAUACAUCAAUGCAGAAGUGACAGUGCCUAAGGAUAUCUUCCAUCACAUCAGUGGACUAUAUUGGUAUUGAAAAAGUAUUCACUUUACGCUUCUAAACAGUAAUGUCAGUCAUCCGGAGGAUCCAUUAACCUCCAAAAUAUGUUCCAAUGAAUUUUUACGAUAACAUACUUUAUUUCGUCAAAUUGCAUAUACAUCUCAAAACGCAGUACAACAUUCACAAUAUCAAAUGUCAAAUAUUUGCCAGAUUUGUAACUUUGCUAUUCAGACUAAAAUAUGUGAUUUUUUUAUGUAGAAUGGUACAAAUACUUUUUCGUCAGAAUUCUGACAACUAUUGAGGUGAUUAGCCUAUCAGCAAGUAACAUAUUUGCAUUAAAGUAUGUACUUUUGAGAGUAAUGAAUUGGGUGAAACUCAAAUAGCAUAGUGAAAAACAGUUUAUUCAUUCUUAUGUAACUGUUUUUAUGAACAAGAAUAUGGUUUGAACUGUUUAGCUGAAAUUUUGACAUUUGCUUGUCUGAUUCAAACUUAUAACUGUAACAAUUGGUUGAACAAUAUUCAUUUCAGUGAUGCUGUGAAAGGCAACUCGGUAAGUGAACUGGGCGUAUCCUUGCACAACUCGCCCAAUUUUCUAGACUCGAAGAACCACGCUGGUUUCGUCUACAUUCGCCCCACUUUCCAAUGUAUGGAGAACGUGAUCAAGCCCAAGGACCCUUACGUCAUCGGCAUUCUUAUCCAUAGAUGGGAAACUCCAUGGGCGAAGUUGUUCCCUCUGAGGCUCGUUUUGAGGUUAGGUGCAGAGUACCGGUACUAUCCCAGUCCUAUAAUAUCUACGAGAAAUAGAGAUAGCGUAUUCGUAGAGAUUGGGCAUACCAUCAUCAAUUUGUUAGCUGAUUUUAGGAACUUCUCGUACUCUCUACCCCAAAUCCGCGGUCUGACAAUCCACAUGGAGGACAAGAACACCACGGUGAGCAUCCCCGUGAACCGGUACGACCAAGUGGUGAAAUCCCUCAAUAACUCCAGCGACCACAUCCUCGCGUUUGCAGGCAACUUUAGUUCUCAAGCGGACUCGCAUCUGGUGUGCAUCCAGGACACGCAGGGCAACGAAGACUGCUACUCCACCCAUGCGAUCAACAUACAGAACAAGCCUAGAAAGAUAACGGGAGCCAGUUUCAUCGUGUUCAAUGGGGCGCUCAAGUCUACCAGCGGGCUGACUGCAAAGUCAAAUAUUGUUGAGGAUGGGCUGAUGAUUCAGGUUCUUCCAGAACAUAUGCAGCAAAUUAGAGAGCACCUCAGAGCUAUGAAGAAUCACACGAUUUCAUGUGGUCCUGUCAAUUCUCCUUCAGAUGAAACAGUCAAUAUCGUCUGGGGUGAAAACGAUGUCAAUUUCAAUCUGGGUAUACUUUCUUCUAUCGACGGCUUGUCACUGAGUGGAAUUCCUUCAAUGAGAGUACACAACGGUAAGAACCAUGUGUCGUUGAAUGGCAACCGCAUCAUCCGAUGGACCGAGGUGUUCGUGAUCCAGAGCGGACAGGAGAACCCGAAGAACCAGGAUCCGGUGGAUGUGUCUAGACUGUCUGAGACCAUCGCCAAAGCAUGCUGUGACGCGUUGGUCAAGUACCUGGACCUCCUGCUGGCCAAUAGCUUUCAAAAAAUUGCAGUGAGGGCCACCCUUCAACCGGACAAUGUAUCCUACGUUGCUGGGAGCAAUGGCACAAAGUUGCCCCCAAUUUAUAUGAAGAGCUUGGACAACGAACUGGUACCCGUGUUGCACAGAAUAACAUCAAGCAACCUUGGGGAAAGUCCUAUAGUCCUCGAACUAAUCUUCAGGAUUUUGAAUGUAUGAGAAAAACUAAAAAAAGAUUAGCUCGUUAUCGUUAGUAAUGACAGCAUAAAAAGGUGUUUUUAAAGCUGCAUCUUAUUGGAUCAAAUCAACUAUUCUAGUCAAAUCAGUAUAUUUACGUAUCUAGUUAUUUGGUUUUAGCGUGUCGCAUUGCGAAGAAAAAGAAUUGUAAAAUAAUCUAUGUCGGGAAUUGAAACGCGCAAUUUUUAUUCUGUCGUUGCUACUUUAUAUAUUGUUAUAUAAAAAUAUAAAUAUUUUAGGUUAAUCGUUGAAAAUAAUGUACACAUACCAGUAAGUAGAAUCUGUAUAAAACAUAUAGGAACCAAAGUUUUGAUGCAUUUGAUUUCUAAGAGCUACGGUUUUCAGUGUCAAAACUAACAAUUGGCAACAACGCUAACGUAUUAACAAUCGUUUAUUGAAUACGUAUAUGUUCUAGGCUUGCAGAAUAAACUCAAAUACUACAGAGUUUUUGUAAUCACAAAUACGUUAAACUUGAGGUGUUUGUGAUUGAUUGCCUUUGUCGGUGAAAAAUACGUGAUUUCAUGUCUAUGAACCUUUUUAGUGUAGAUUGUUCCAAUCUCUGAAUUUCCUGUUAUUUUUUUAUGGUUUAAAAUGCAAAGUAUGUAAUGUAUGGUAUCAAACUGACUGAAGUUUUGUUGAACAAGCUUAUUUCUAGUGCCACUGUAUUAGAUUUAGGCUUAGGUUUAUGAUAACCAUAUUGUUGAAGAAUCUGCACGUAACUGUUAAGUUUUUGCAAAAGACGAAAGCUAUCUAUACAGGCUCUGUUGAUAAUUACUAUCUUUAAUGUUAUAUAUAUCAAAACAUCAAACUACAUGUAUGUCAUAAAUUAUCUUUAUUGCAUUAGCAAUUUUCUUUUCUCAUGUUUUUAGUCCUGGCAAACGUUUCCUUUGGUAUUUUGAUCAUAUCAUCUGAAUCAAAUUAAUGAUUUCAAUUCAAACUUUUAAAAAUAGGCAAAGAAGAUAUUACACUCUGCCAGACGUCAUUUUGCAUUUUAGUUAUUUCUUAUGUAUUUGUAUAUAAUUGGUGUAUGGUACAAAAACUCACGAAUAGUAAAGCUGGCUGUAGUUUUCUAAUUAACUAUUUAAUUGCUUGUAAAUACAUUUUAGUUGAAGAUAUAUUUGUUUAUUAUAUGAAUAUACACAUAAUUUUUUAAAUAAAAUAUUUUAUGCGA